AUGAAAUUCUUCUCCAUUGCUCUGUUAUCCGCCAUGGCUGCCGCCGCCCCCAUUGCAGGUGCUCCUGCCGAGUAUCCUGUAUACAAGGACCCCGAACUCUACCGAACGGUCACCGUGACCGUUGAGGGAGACUACUGCGAGGCCACUUAUGCCCCCUCUGCAGCCUUCCCUGCCGCUUCUUCCGCUUACUCUGUCGUCAACAUUGAUGGCUCUGGCAACGGAAAGCAGACCGAGGGCGCUGCUUCUCAGGGCGCUCAGCCUACCGGUACUGCUGGCUCUGAGGCUUCCUCUGAGUCUGCCUCUGAGUCCAAGCCCUCUGCCAAUUCUCAGGGCCAGAACUCUCAGGCUCAGGCUUCUGUUUCUUCUGAGAAGGCCCAAGGUUCUGCCCAAGGUACUGCCCAGGGCUCUGCCCAGCCCACCAACGCGGUUAACUCUCAGUCCAACGCUGCUGUCUCCUCCCCCAAGAAGACCGAAGCUGCCAACUCAGGUGCCCAGAACUCUGUUCCCAAUGGCCAGGCUUCCUCCACUCCCAUCUACACCUCUGCCUCUGCUGAUGGUGCUUCUGUUCAGGGUACAAUCUCUCCAUCUUCCUCCCAGAAGGAGAACCCCGCCGAGAACUCUGCUUCUUCUGCUGCUGCUCCUGUUGCUUCUCCCUCUUCCACUGAGUCAGACGAGUACGUGUACGAGACUGUAACCGAGGACCGAACCUCCACUGCUCCCACUCCCGUAGUUACCGUGGUUGUCAACCCCACUGGAACUGUCACCAAUGUGCACACCAGAGUGUCCACCUUCACCACUGACGGCCAGACCUUCACCACCACGUUCUACGACCAGGCCAACGCCACCACCACCGAGUUCUCCACCUUUGUGCCUGUGGUCACCACCUCCGUGCCCUUCAGCAACUCUUCUGCUGCUGCUGCUGCCCCCACUUCCGAGCCUCUCUUCAGCAACACCACCACUCCCGUCGUUGAGCCCUCUACCAGUGCUCCCUUCACCAACACCUCUUCCCCCGUGACCGCCGCUGGUACCUCUUCUGUUGUUCCCACUUCGUCUUUUGUGAACUCCACUACCCCCGUGACCUCUGAGCCCACCUCUGCUCCUUCCGUUGUGCCCACCUCUUCGUUCGUGAACAGCACCACCCCUCUUCCCACCUCAGAGCAGCCCUCCACCUCUUCCGUUGAACCCACUUCUUCGUUUGUGAACAGCACCACCCCCAUCCCCACCUCUGAUCAGCCCUCAACCUCUUCAGUUGAGCCCACCACUUCGAUCCCCACCUCGUCGUUCGUGAACUCUACCACUGAGGCUCCCGCUACUCAGCCCACCACCUCGGAGACUUCUUCCAUCCCCACCUCGUCGUUCGUCAACACCACUGCUCCCGGAACCACUUUCUUGACCCCCAACCCCACUAGAAUGCCCGGUCUGCAGGCCCUUGACGCUGCCGCCGGUGAGAGCCUCGAAGAGUCUUCUACGGUUGAAACUUCCACCAGUGCUUCUGCUUCCUCCAGUGACCCCACUGUGACCUCUUCUGCUAUUGAGACUUCUUCCAGCUCUUCCAGCUCGUCUUACUCCACUAGCACCAUCACUAGCACUGUGACUGCUGACCCCAGUGCUACCACCUCCCCCGCCACCUCGUCAUCGGCUUCUUUCGACAUCGAGGCCUACUCGGUCUGCCCCUGGUACUCGGAGAUGGUGAGCGACGACGGCCUUCUGUCCGCAACCUCAACAUCCACCUCCUACGUCACCUCUACCCAGACCAUCACUUCCACUCUGGUGAGACCCUCUGCCACCGCUUCCGCAUAG